AUGGUCGCCAAGCCUUUGCCGAAGCCCCCGGGCAAGCGGCAGAGCUCGGACUCGGGCGUGGAGCCGGACCGCGGGGCGCUGCUCCAGGAGCGGGACCAGCGCCCCGGGCUGUCCCAGGAGAAGAAGGAUCAGCGCAUCGCGCCCUUCGUCAGCGACUUCGACCAUCAGGACAAGGAGCACGUCCAGGAGACGAAGGAAGAGCUCGAUUCGCCGCUGCAAACAGCUGAGAAGGCGUUUGCAGUGGAGCUGCUGACGAUGCCGGCUGCCAGCAGGAAAAUGAAAAGGAAAGACUUGCUCAAUUUGCAAGGAGGGGAGGAAGUGGCUCUUACUGCUGCAGUGGUAAGUGUGUGUUUUCAAAUUUUAUCACAGUUUACAGAAUAGAAUUCUCCUCUCCCUGCUGUAAAUAUUUCAGACAAAAUAUUUUGUUUGGCUGCGUGUUUAAAUAGAAGAUGAUAUUAAAAGACUAGAGAGCCAGCCAGUGCAGUUAUGAACAUUACCUAAACUUUUAGGGUCAUCUGCUGGCAGAAAUCCAGAUGUUCAUGCAAAAAUAAACUGGUGUUUAGCCAAUCCCACUUCUGUCACUUGCUUCCAUGUGCUUUUGUGACAUAAUAUUUAUUUACUGGGUAAAAUCUCUUGACCUCUCCUUGUUGGAUAAACACUAUCUUUUAGACUGGAAGGUGUUUAUAUGAGACAGGUGGUUGGUUGCACAGAACUUCAGUAUGAAUAUGUUUUGACAGCAUGAAACUCCUUUUAGAAUGCAUAUUUGCCAUUUUAGAUAUAUGUAGAACUGUAUGUGUGUGUGUGUAUGUAUAUAUAUACAGACACACAUAUAUAUAUAUAUAGUGGGGCUUAACUGCUCUUUUUCAACUGGGAAUUCUUACAGUAUUGUUUCCUGAAAAUACCUAUCAUUUUGCUUUCAAAUGCCACUUCUUUUAACUGCAGUCUUUCAUAUACAUUUUCAGAUUUCCAAAACCAAACCAUUGGUUUCACUGGCCUCUGGUUUAAAUGGCAAACUGAACCCUCUUUCCAGGUAAAACUGACCUUUGAUAGCUUAUUUAACUCACCUGAACUUGUGAAUGCUGAAGAAAAUUAUUUUCAAAUAAAGUAGCUGAGAUUUGAGCCCAGCAGGAAUACAUCUGAUAAGGAUGUCCUCCCUGACUGAAUGAGAUGCACUGUGGUUAUGUGAAACCUGGGCUAAAAAGCACCUCUAGAUGAUGAAGGUAUGGAGUUGUACUUCUUAGUGAAUGGCACAUAGUUCUGAACUUAGGGAAUCAGUAUAGAUUUCCAAACAAUACUUAAGGGAAGAGAAUACAUAAGGGAAGCAUCUUUGCUCUGUUAGGACUAGUAAAUUGUUCUGUAAUAAACACUCAAUUUGGUUAUUACAGACCUCUCUUACCUACUAAGAUCAAUUAACUCUUUUGUUCCUGUAUGUUGUUAGGUCCCAGGAUAUCAUGUUUACCUCAGGAGGGCUUUUUCAUGUGUGUAUAUAGUAGAUGUCUGUCCUGGAGCACUCCCUAAUCCAUUCUCUAAUCCACUGUCUGUCUAUCUUCAUCCCAGCUAAAACUCCACAUUAGAAGUAGAUGAGGAGGAAUAAAUAAAAAUAAUAACAAAACAAGAACAAACAAAAAAACCCCCAAACAAAAUAAAAAACUGAUAAGUACUUUUUUUUUUCUUUUGAGCAAUUUAAAAUCCUUCUGCAAGUCACACUCGCAGUAGAGUAAAGUCUCUUACUUCUUAUUGCAGUGCCACAAAUCUCAGAGCCACUCCAAAGAUACCUAACAGGUAAGGGGUUAUAAUGGGCUAAUUAAAAGAUGGAGUCUGCUUCACCAUUGCCUCAAGCAUGGAGCUAAAAAGCUUGAUGUGCCAGCUGAGCUGCUUGUGAAACCACCUAGCAAGUGCCCAGGUAGCUGAGCCAUUCUUAGCAAAAAGGAAGGUCCUUGGAUAAGAAGCGUUACAAUCAAGAACACAGCAGGGACUUACUCUCCCAAAUAAGGUAUGCCAGGCAGACCUUGCUUGGAUACUGGGGCACCAGCCUAUGGAAACUCAGGCCCAUCUUGGUCCCAGGCAAACUUUGUUUGGGUACUGGUGAACUGGCCAGUGGGCACUCAGGGUCUGCCACGGGGAGGGUAUUUAAGUUGGUGUGCCAGUGGCCUUUGUGGUGGUUGUAAACUCCUGUCCUGUGCUUUUAACAGUCACCCUCAGCUUUUCCUGCUUUUCUGUCUCCCUUCUUUCUCUCUUCUCUUUUGUGUAACAAAAUAAAGUUGAGUUAUCCUUUUUGGAAUCAA